AUGGUUCCAUUCAUUAUAAUUCCGUCACCGACGAAGGGCCGUACCAUCUUCGGUGCACGCCGCAUGAAGUCGUUAUUGCCCACCGCACGCCGCCUGAAGUCGCCGACGACUCCCGAUUUCUCACAUCGACGGCGGACGAUAAACGAUAGAGCACGGAUCCAACAACCUGCAAGAUUAGAGAAAAUGCAAGAGAGAAACAUGACUCUUUCUCUCACUAGAUUUUCAUGGUUGUGGUUGGGUGGGAAAGCUAAAGACCAAGUUUCAAAUGGGUCAUCGAUUCUCGUCGACGCCGUACUCAAUCAGUUAGCCCAAAAAAUGGCGAAAUCGAAGAAUCACACGGCGCACAACCAGUCGUACAAGGCCCACAAGAACGGCAUCAAGAAGCCCAAGCGCCAUCGCAACACCUCCACCAAAGGGAUGGACCCUAAGUUUCUGAGGAACCAGAGGUAUUCGAGGAAGCAUAACAAGAAGAGUGGUGAGGAGGCCUGCAGCGAGGAAGAGUAA